AUUACUGGCCUGCUCUAUGCCGGGAGAUAAAGUCUCUGACUGUAAUGAGUACUGUAGUGUGUCAGCUUGAUGGGAUCUAGAGUCCCCUAGAAAACAGCCUCUGGCACACAUCUUGAUUAAGGUGAGGUGGAAAGGCCUACCCUGGAAGCAAGCUUCAACAGUUCCGUUGCCUUGGGUCCUGAGCUGUACAAAAGGCAGAAGGAAGGAAGGAAGGAAGGAAGGAAGGAAGGAAGGAAGGAAGGAAGGAAGAGAGCAGGAACCCUGGGCCUUCAGCUUCCUGCCUAUGGAUUCAAGGUCCCAACUCCUGCUCCUGCCUGUCCCUCUGGAGAUGGCCUUGCACCUUCUCCUCCUCUUUGGGGCAUGCUGGGUCCAGGUGGCGAGCCCAGACAGUCUGCAGAGGACGACGAUGCUACCAUCUACCCCACAUAUCACAGCUCCAAGUACCUCUGAAGCCCAGAAUGCCAGCCCAUCAGUUUCUGUGGGGUCAGGGACAGUGGACUCGAAGGAGACCAUCAGCCCCUGGGGGCAGACCACAAUCCCAGUUUCUUUGACCCCCUUGGAAACUACUGAAUUGUCUUCUUUGGAGACUUCUGCUGGUGCCAGCAUGAGCACCCCUGUACCUGAGCCUACUGCCUCUCAGGAAGUUUCCAGCAAGACAUCAGCACUGCUUCCAGAACCAUCAAAUGUAGCCAGUGACCCUCCUGUCACUGCAGCCAAUCCUGUGACAGACGGACCUGCAGCCAAUCCUGUGACAGACGGAACUGCAGCAUCUACAUCUAUCUCUAAAGGAACCAGUGCACCCCCCACCACUGUGACAACAAGCUCUAACGAGACCAGUGGACCCUCUGUGGCUACAACAGUAAGCUCCAAGACCAGUGGUCCCCCUGUCACCACAGCUACUGGGUCUCUGGGGCCCUCGAGUGAGAUGCAUGGACUCCCUGCUACCACAGCAACCAGUUCUGUGGAGAGUUCCAGUGUGGCCCGUGGCACCUCAGUUUCCAGCAGAAAAACAUCCACGACGUCUACCCAAGAUCCCAUAACCACCAGGUCACCAAGCCAAGAAUCAAGUGGCAUGUUACUGGUGCCCAUGCUUAUUGCCUUGGUGGUGGUUUUGGCCCUCGUGGCGCUACUGCUGUUGUGGCGCCAGAGGCAAAAGCGGAGGACUGGGGCCCUGACCCUGAGCGGAGGAGGAAAACGAAAUGGGGUGGUGGAUGCCUGGGCUGGGCCAGCCCGGGUUCCUGAUGAAGAGGCCACAACCACAUCAGGGGCAGGGGGCAACAAGGGCUCUGAGGUACUGGAGACAGAAGGCUCCGGGCAGAGACCCACGCUCACUACGUUCUUCAGCAGACGGAAGUCUCGCCAGGGCUCUUUAGUACUAGAAGAGCUGAAGCCUGGGUCGGGUCCCAACCUGAAGGGGGAGGAAGAGCCGCUUGUGGGCAGUGAGGAUGAAGCUGUGGAAACCCCAACUUCUGACGGUCCACAAGCCAAAGAUGAGGCCGCACCUCAAUCUCUAUGAGCAACAGGUAUUCAUCCAAUCUGCUCCUUAGCCCCGGAUCCUGCUGUUAGCUGCCGCACACUCUGCAUUUGUGAAUAUUUGUGGACCAAAUCCGUCCAUCCAUCCAUCCAUACAUUCAUUUCCUUCCCCCCACCCCCCGCAACCCCCCAGCCCCGCUGUCUCCCACCUCCCCUUCCUCUGUGCUUUCUUUGGAACCAAUUGCUGAAUCACCAUGAGGAUGAUCUUAGUGGACCCACAUUUUCCCCGAGGAUCCCCCUUGGAAUUCUGGGAUCCCAACAGGCCAGAAAACUCCCUAGGAUGAAGCUGUGAAGCCCAUGCACUCACAUCCUUCUCAGCAGGGGCCCCUUCAGGAAUGCCUCUCAACUACCAUUUGCUUUGGGGCCAGCUUAGAGCCUGGAUGGCAACAUCCAGCUUGCUCUUGGGUGAACUGUGACCUGUGACUUUUCCCAGAGCACUCUGAUUUGGGGCUGGCUGGAAGCUGCUGGUGGGAGCCUGCCAGAGAUCCAUCACUUCUCCUUGGGUUAGGGAUGCGGAGAGUUCCUGGCUGGUGGUGUAGGUGUAGGUGGUAUAGUCCCGCACCUACUGUGUCCACUCAGAAGUAUGGUUUGUGUGCAAGAUAGGACAAUUUAGGUGAUGGCUGCAAACAGUACUGGUGAAUAUAGACCAUGGGAGAAAGCAGGGCAGGUGCUGGUGAGUUCCAAAAGGAGGGACCCAGGAGCUGUACCCUGUCUGCUGAAGACCUAAGUGUGUCUGCAGCCCCCAGAAGAAUGCAAAUGUGAUGGGGACUAAAUGUGCCAUCAAGUGUGCGUUCUUCAGCUAAGCUGCCAUAUCCUUCCCUCAGAGGCUCCCUCACACCAGCUCUCACCACGCCCACACCGUGCACACACCAGUAGGCACACAUGCAAGAUCGGGAGAGGAGUCAGCCAAGUGCGGUGACUGGGUGGCACAAACCCCUGGUGUUGAUGCUUUUCUCUACAGGCUCAGUUGUCUGUUUCCUCUUCCACCCCAAGGCUGAAGUCUUUCCCUUGUCGCAGGGUAAUAAGAGAGAGUUAAAUGAAAGACAGGCCCAAGGGGUGGGACAUGGUUGCCAGAGAGUCCCUAAGGGUCUGAGGUACAGAGAGGGGACAGGUCACAAUUGUGCUGCCUCUGACCCCGCCAGCCCAGGCACGUGGUCCAAAGGUGGUUGCUGGAGGAGAUGUGCAAGAGGAAGCUGUUGAGUCAGAGGGCGCUGCCCUUGAGAACAGACUGACCUACAGAAAGAGAUGUGUGCGUGCGAUUGUGUGUGACCUGGAUGGGAAAGGGGAAGGUGGGAGGGAGGGGAUGAGGAAUGGAAAGGGACAUGGACCAGUUGCUACCACAUCAAGCUGCCAUCGUUCCCUCCUCGAGUCUGUGGGGAAGAGGGAAGGACUGAGCUGGGCACACCUGGGCCACACUGAACCCAUUUCUACUGCUCACUAGGCGCUGUGUGGGCCAGCUACAACAGAGAUGGCUCGAGUGAGUUGCCAGUGGCCCUUAAGGGACACAGCAACUGUUGUGGUUGUUUUUGCCAAACUGUGUGUCCUGAUUUCAGGCUCAGAAGAAAAUAUCGCUAAGUUGAGAGGUCAAUGGCUUGUUUCACUGCCACUUCUAAGGUGUUUCAGGCUGUCAGGUGCAUGGAGGAAGACAAGGAAAUGGGGUAGAGAUGGUGGCUAGCACCCAACAGGACCUCAGCCCAGACAGGGUCAGAUGUUCUGGGUGCUAAGUGGAAUGACAGACAAAAGUGUCCACAAGAGGAACAAAACUAGGAAGUGGUUGGUAUUCUACCUCUGAAGGAAGACAAGGAAGCUGAACGCUUGUCCCGGAUCUUGGCCACAUCUCUCUUCCCAGUGACUCCGGUGCCUGGCAGGCAGCAAGCACUCAGUGCAUGUCCCCAUGAAUGAAUGUAUGUAUGUAUGUAUGGAUGGAUGGAUGGAUGGAUGAAUGAAUGAGGCAUUGGCAGAUAGCAGGGGAAGGCACUUAACACAAAGACUAGUAAUGCAAAGUAUGUAAGUGGAGCAGAGAUCAUGGUGGACACAGACAGGUGGACAGGUGUCCUUCAGCUCGGGAGAGAGAAAGCCCAGUGAGUAACAGAUACGGAAAAGGCAAAAAUAGAAGAAGGAGGAGGAGGAGGAGAAAAAGCAGGCAAACAGAAAACAGGGAGAUGUAAAACAGUUUCAACUCCAUCAGUUAUGAAACCAUAGCUUGUGUUUGUGACAUCCUGGCCUCGUCUUCAGAAAUGUGUAAUGACCUCAGAAAUGCCUGUGGCUGACGUGGGGUCGGGAAAAUUAAAUGAUCUGUAAAUACAUCUGUAAGAAGCUACAUCCUGCGUGUUUAGUGUGGUCCUCCUAAACGUGGGGAAUUUAAGUGUGAUUUUUCACCUUAGUUUUCUGUGUUUUACACAAUAAAUGUCUCUAAUUUCACA